AUGACGUGUGGCUCAAUAAGAAAAGGUAACGCUGCUACAAGAUCAUUGUUAACGGCUUUACAAACUGAUCAUGUUGGUCAGAAGAGGAUUGCAGAUGAGUAUAAAGAGAAGUUGAUAACUAAGGCAGCAGAGAUAAGGAAAACAGCUACAAGAAAAGUCAGUAAUGAAUCUAUGAUCACCAUGACAACAGAACCAACAACUAGUUUGGAUAACAAAACUCCACUUCAUUAUGCUGCUAAGAGUGGUAAUCAGUCUGUUGUUGAAGUAUUACUGAUAAAGGAGCCAGUGUUGAUUGUGUUGACAAAGAUAAAAACCCCACUUCAUUAUGCUGCUAAGAGUGGUAACAGUUUAAGUGUUAAAAAGAUUCUUGAUGAAGGGGCCAGUGUUGAUUUUGUUGACAAAGAUAGCAAAACUCCACUUCAUUAUGCUGCUGACCAUGUUUAUGGUUAUGGUGUUCAACCAUUACUUGAUAAAGGGGCCAGUGUUGAUUGUGUUGACAAAGAACAAUUACUUCAUUAUGCUGCUGAAGGUGGUCUCAGUGAUCUUUCAAAAAUGAUAAUAGAUGAAGUCCACAUUGAUGUCAAUAGCUUGAAUAAGAGAGGGAGGACUGCUCUUCAUUAUGCUGCUGAGAGAAGACGCAUUGAUGUUGACAUCAUUAGAACACUGUUGGACAAAGGAUGUGAUCCUAACAUUAAAGAUGAGGCAGCAGAGAUGAGGGAGAAAGCUCAACUAGCUACAAGUGAGUCUAGAACUUCAGUAGAACUGAAAAUAAGUGACAUGUUAUUUAUUGUGGCUUGA